GUGUGGCUGGACUCGGCCGCCGUUGCGGUGUGAGGCGCGUGUUCGGGCUCUCGCCGUCCCCGCACCCGCACCGCGGCUUUUGCCUUGCGGUCCGCCGUUCGAUAGCCAGCCUUCGGGGCCCCUGCCCGCCACGGACAUGCCACGCGUCUACAUAGGACGCCUUAGUUACAACGUCCGGGAGAAGGACAUCCAGCGCUUUUUCAGUGGCUAUGGCCGCCUCCUCGAAAUAGACCUCAAAAAUGGGUACGGCUUCGUGGAGUUCGAGGACUCCCGCGACGCCGACGACGCCGUUUACGAGCUGAACGGCAAAGAGCUCUGCGGCGAGCGCGUGAUCGUGGAGCACGCACGGGGCCCGCGCCGCGAUCGCGACGGCUAUAGCUACGGAAGCCGCAGUGGUGGAGGUGGAUACAGCAGUCGGAGAACCUCUGGCAGAGACAAAUAUGGACCACCUGUUCGUACAGAAUUCAGGCUUAUUGUAGAAAACCUUUCUAGUCGUUGCAGUUGGCAAGAUUUAAAGGAUUUCAUGAGACAAGCAGGUGAAGUAACCUAUGCGGAUGCUCACAAAGAACGCACAAAUGAAGGCGUGAUUGAGUUCCGUUCCUAUUCUGACAUGAAGCGUGCUUUGGAUAAACUGGAUGGUACAGAAAUAAAUGGCAGAAAUAUUAGGCUCAUUGAGGAUAAACCACGAACGAGCCAUAGGCGAUCUUAUUCUGGAAGCAGAUCAAGGUCACGGUCUAGAAGAAGGUCACGAAGUAGGAGUCGCAGGAGCAGCCGCAGUAGAUCUCGAAGCAUCUCAAAAAGUCGCUCCCGAUCCAGGUCUCGGAGCAAAGGUCGAUCACGUUCUCGAUCAAAAGGCAGGAAAUCUAGAUCAAAAAGCAAAUCUAAGCCCAAGUCUGAUCGAGGCUCCCGUUCGCGCUCUCGAAGCAGAUCUAAGGAGUAUGAGAAAUCUCGAAGCAGGUCUCGUUCUCGAUCUCGUUCCCCCAAAGAAAAUGGGAAAGGUGAUAUAAAGUCAAAAUCUAGAUCAAGAAGCCAGUCUCGUUCAAAUUCACCCCUACCUGCUCCACCCUCAAAGGCACGUUCUGUGUCCCCUCCACCAAAAAGAGCUUCAAGAUCCCGCUCUAGAUCUCGUUCAAAGUCCAGAUCACGGUCCAGAUCGAGUUCCAGAGAUUAACCUAGAACUCUAUAUUCUUUGCACACUAUUAUGGAACACUUUCCUACUUGGCUUAGGCAGUUACUCUUCCAUGUUUGUACUUGGCCUCUUCUGCAAGAGGAAUCUCCUGAAAAUGGGGGCACACAGAAAUUUGAUUUGUGGCCAAAUUUGAUGAAAAAAUGAGGUUCUAAAGAAAUGGCAUGAAGUCGAAGACCCUCUCCCUUCUUUGUAGAAUUAAGAUAACUUUGAUUUUAUAGCUUUUGAGCUAAAAUAACUUUUGUAAAGAUUAAGCUCAUUUAGAUUUUUUUUAAGUAUUUCAGCAGGAUCUGCUGCAGGGAUUUUUGUUGUUUUGUUUGCUUUUAAAUUAACCGUUUCAAGCUUUGAAUACCUAAGGCUUUAGAGGGAGAUCCCAAUUUUCAAUUAUGUUGGCUUUUUAUAAAGCUUGAGUUAUGUAAGAUUUCAAUAAAAAUUUGCUACCAAGUUGAUUGCCUUACUGAAUAGGUCACUAUUAAAUUCCUUUAAAUAUUGAUAAUUUGCUCUUUGUGGAAACAAUGUAAAUUCUACAUGUGUAAAAGAAGGCAAGCCUCAGACCAGCAAUAAAUUAUUCCAUUUGGAUAACAUUUUGUUCUGUUAAUCAAAUUUGCCAAAGUCUAUCUGCCCCUUUGAGUUAAGUUAAAAAUAAAAGGUGUUUUGUAGUCAAUUACAUGAUUUUGCCUAAGUUAGUAGAUUUUAAAUAAUGAAACUUUUCAAACUUAAAUUUGAUCAAACUCUUGAAGUUCUUAACACUUGGGAUCCCGUUUAGCCUAGUAAUUCCACUUUCUGGGAGUGGUCAGUGUAAUUGGUGUUUUGUUAGAGUAUGGUUCUAUGGUCUUUAAUGUUAUAUAAAAAAGGAAGUAGCCUUUCUUUGAUUGGAAAUUUAGCAUAUUCUUGUUCAAAGCGGAAAAGCAAAUAACUGCAUUUUCUGCUGGAAGAUCAUUACAUUUAACAGGCACUUAACAGGUUGCUUGGUAAGAUCAGUUGCUGAAUGAAGUAAAAUUCUACCCAACAGUCAGUCCUUCUUGUAGAUGAUGAGGUUAUGUAAUAAUUGGUUAGAUCAUCCUUGUAACUUUACAACAUAUGGUUGGCUUGAGAAGAAUUUACAUGGGUAAACCCGAAGCUUUCUGUACUUCA